CUUUACACGCGCGAUCGCCAGCUACCCAAUCAGCAUCAGCAGCUUAAGGCGUGCACGAUUAAACUACAACUCCCGGCAUGCAGCGGGCUCGGCGCAUCAGGUGACGUCACGCAACUGACAGGCGAGUGGAGAAGCGGGUUGGCUGUGGCGCGAGGUUUGAAACCGGUGCAGGCGCGAGAGACGGAGAGUGGACAUAUUGCCCCCGGCGCAGCAGCUGCUUCACCGAGCAGAGACUGGGAGCCGAGCACCGAUAACGCUGUAAAGAAAAAUGAAGGCCUUCAAGGCAGCAGAUUUUAUAAAGUUGACGUCUUCACUAGAGGCCGUGCAGAAACUUCAAACAGACCUUAAGUCAUGUCUGUUAGAUGUACCCUGCGACCCAUCAAGACCAGAUCAGCUGUCGGAUCAGCGUGUUGUUUGUGACCGCGUGCUUCGUGCCUGUAACCACUGGGCUGCAUCUUGUAAUGGACAGCAUUUACAUAGUUUGGUGCACUUGGCAGAGCUUGCAAGUCAGGGUUUUUACGUAUCAAGUCCUCAGCGCACACCUUUCUACCUUGAGAAGAUAUUAUUUCAUCUCCUUAAAAAUGUUUCUGCAAGGGAAUCUUCAAAUGAGACCUUCAGUCAGCUGUCAGAUCUCCUGUACUCCUACCUCAGUAAUUGCCCAUCAGACCAACAGAACGGGGGUGACUUCUCAGCAGUAUCUAAAAGCAGUUUUCAGUGUCUGUGGAAGGCAGCUGGGGAACAAGAACAGAAGCAGAGUCCGUGUCAUCAUAACAGGGAGACGCUAUCCCUUAGACUACAUGCACUGCGAUUCCUCAUGUUGGAGGAAUGGUCCAAUUCAGUUGUUGAGCCUACAGUUACAAUAUCUCGGCAUGCCAAAUAUGCAGUUUUGGCUUUUGAUGCCAAAGGAAAAACAUGCAGUCAAAGUGAUGCAUGUUUCCUUAGUCAAAGUGUUGAGGAUCUAUUGCUAAAACCUUUAAAAGAACACGGAAAACUGGCUCAUCCGUGGGUUAUGUGUCUAGUGGAACUGACGUUGGAGUGUGUCCGUGUACUCGGUAAAAGUAACUGUUACCAUCAGAGCAGGGAGGCCAUACAACAAGCUUCUGCCUGUUUGAAGAAGUCUGGUAGAUGUUGUCAGUCUGGGCUAAUGCUUUUAAGCUCUGCCAUAGAUAUUUAUGAGUUGAAAAAGUCACGUGGGAUUGGCAAACGUUUAGUGGAGAUGGCAGAGACUAUUGAUAGAGCCUGUUCCUCUGGUGAUGGAUGGUUGUGUCAGGCUUUGAGCGAAUGCUGUCAGUUUACAGUGUGUUGCUUAGAUGGCCACUUUAAACAAGCUGUGGAUUCUGGAAUACAGGAAACAAGUGAGGUCCUUAGCCUGGCGCAGUUCCUGGAGAUGCAUUUCACACUUCUGGAGAAGCAAGUGUCUGUGGUUCCUAAAGAUGGGACUCGACAGCUUCGAACCUUGAAACAGCAGCAGUUUUGUGGACUCCAGCAAUUUUCCAAUGCUGCAUGCUCAUUCCUUCAGACCUGCAAGGACAUACCGUGUGAGGAGUUGCAGUUACUGCUGGGAGCCUGCAAAAAGACCGUGUCCAGAAUGCUGACCUCCAUACAGGGCCUCUCUGGUCAAGAUGCUGCAGAGUUUUUAAACAUAACAGCAUCUUGUGUUCAUAACCUGUGUUAUUGGUUCUAUAACCAGAAGAAAUAUAAAGAAGCAGUGGAUCUGGUAUCACCUCUUUGUGAGCGACUUGCAAUGGCAGGACCAGGAGGGAACCCUGAGUUGGCAGUGGAAAGGCUACAUCGAUGUUUCAAGCUUCAUGUGGAAAGUUGCCGGAAGGCUGGUUUCACUGCUCUUGGCCUUGCAGCCGUAACGCUUUGGUUGCGAGCGCUUCGUACACAAGUCUCUUCUCAAAUGGCUGAGCCUGUAGCCUUAUGGGUUAGACUUAAAAUUGAUGGUGCAAAGAAUGGAGACGAAGAUCUGAGACUGCAUACUCUUAAAGAUGGCCUUGCUGAGGACCCAAUGGAUCCCGAGUUGAUGGUCUGUCUUCUAGCGGAGGAGUUAAAAGGGUACAAGUCUGUCCAUGGCGACACUGGGCAGGAGCGGUACAACACAAUCUGUGACCUCCUAGAACUUUGUGCUGAGGACAGUAGCCUAAGCCAUUAUCGUCCACCUUACCUUCUUGAGCUCGCACAGGUUCUGUGCUAUCAUGACUACUCUGGACAAACUGAAUGCACUGCUCUAGAUGCUGUGCAGGAUUGCCUUCGACUUCUGGAGUCCGCUUCACAAGUUUCGGAAAACCAGGAGAGUUUGCUGGAUAUCAAAGCACAAGCGUUAUUAUGGCAAUAUAUCUGCACUCUUGAAGCGAACAUGCGGGAGGUUUUGGCUGAGCAACAAAGAAAAGAAAAGCUGGACAGUCGGCUCCAGUUUACUGGUUUGGAGUAUGAACCCAAUGACCUAAACUAUGAAGACAAACUUCAUGAUGACCAGUCUGCGAGGGAUGGCAUAUGUUUCACAUUGGCCGGGGAAGCAGGCAUCUGCGGUAGACUGCUGACAGAUCUGUGCAAACUGAAGGAGUCUGCCUCCCACCCGGGGGUCCCCCAGGUGGAGGCCCGCACCAUCAAGAUGAUGGCUUAUCUUCUGAUUUGCAAGCCGGUCCUCUGGUGUUUAGGAAUCACCACAAAAUUUGGACCUCUAAGGUGCUUAACAAAGAUUGCUCUCCAAGAGGCAGAAUCAGCUUUGCAGUGUGCAGACAUUGCCAGUGAAAGCUACAUGUUGGCUGAGCGAUCAUGUCUGCUUCUCCGUAGUCGUCUCUGCCGAGUUACAAACCAGGUUAAAAAAGGGGUCGAACUUCUUGUGAGUCUUCUUCAACACCCAUCUCUACAGAAGUCUUCCAAAGCUUGGUACCUAUUAAAGGUCCACGUUUUGCAGGAGCUCUCAAUGUUUAUUAGGCUUCCGCCAGCUAUUCUACUCCCAGAUCUCUACAAGCAACUUUGUGCCCAAGGUUGGCAUAACCCAGAGACUGCUUUGACUGAAGCUCACAAAUUGCUAAGAAGCAUUGUUCUUCUUUUACUUGGAAAUGAUGUGUUGUCUACUCCGAAAGCUACAUCAGAAGUGCGCUUUGUGGAUAAUGGAGAGAACCUUCUUCAGAAAUGGCAGGUACUUGCUGAUUUGUUAAGUUGCUCCCAGGACCUUGUCAGCACCCUGAGCCGUCUUGGAAGUGUUUCGGAGUCCAAGUCAUUCUGCCUUGAGGGGUUAAGAUUAGCCAAAAGUCUGCAUAGUAUGAGACACUGUGCAGACUUCUUAGUGAGGAAGGCAGAACUGGAGACUCUCCGUGCUGAGGCCCAGCUUUGUGAGGAGGAUUUGCAAUAUGUCGUUUUCCUCAUGGAGUCCUGUACAGAUUUCACAGCAAAAUCUCAGCAGAAGGAAGUGAAGAUAAAGCUUUCCAAAGGGAAGCAGUCCAGAAAGAAAGGGAAGACCCCUGAGAUUACACCUCCAGCAGAUGAUUUUCUUAAAGGGGUACAGUUUCAGUUUGUGAAAACAAGAGACUUGAUAACGCACCCUGAGUCACCAACAGCUCCGCCACCUUCUGCAAAGACCCUUCCUGACUUUGUGUCACAUACAACAGAGUGCACAUGUCAGUUAUGUUCUGACCUCAUCCUGUCUUUGCUCUGCACAAGGUGGCUGAUCGCUCAGGCAGAGAAUGAUCCCCAUAGCCGUGAACUGUUGCCUUCUGCUUUGAAACGUUGUCAGUCCAUAAAUGUCCGCUUUUCUGAGAUCUUGAAUGGACUGGUCAGUACAAUAAAUGUAAAUUCUGAAGCUUUGGGCAUUACAGAUGAACUCAUAGCUAGAGUGUACCAGGCUAUAGUAUCUCUAAGUCCAUCACCAAAUCUUCCUGAGGGGACUUUAGAAGAUGGUUUGCGAUUUGUUUCCUCGCGCCCGGCCACUUUUCCAAAGCAUUGGAUGGCAAGUCUUCUACUAGCUAAAGCCUUGGACUCUCUUUACAAACUGGCCACUAAGCACGGUGGCUGCAUUGCAGAUCUUUUCAUGAAAAUAUGGGGCUGGAAGCCACAACAAGAUGGGAAAGCAUGUCUCAAGUCUGCAAGCAGUUUGACUAGUUCUAAUGCUCUUGCCAAUAAGAGGAAUGGAUCCCAAAAGCUUUCAGUAGAUCUCCAGGACAUCUUUUCUCAGGAGGAAUCUGAUUCUCUCCCUCCAUCAGUUCCUCUGAAGAUUCAAACACCUUUGCGAAAGGACCACUUGGCCAUGCAAGCAAAGCCUGCCAUAGCCACAGUACGCAAAAAGGGUUCUGUCACAGUCUAUGAGGAGUCCCCCAUGCCACAAUUAGAACCAAGAGCACCUAGAAGACGGAACACGAGAACAGUGUUAAAGGUUGAUUUUAGUGACAGUGACCUAGAAAUGCCAGAUAACACAGACACUGAUCCAACUUGGAAUGGUAAAAAGCGAACUGAACGCCGAAAUCCUGUAUCUCGAGGGAGGGGUAUAAUGAAGAGCGUCGCAAUUCCUGCAGUCUCAGAAUCUGAUGAUGAAGAGGUAAACGCAAAGAGCAGACCAAGGAAAGGAAGAGGAAGUACAAAGAAAGCUCCUAAAGAGAGUAUCUCUCCUGGGAUACAGAGGCAACGCCAAAAUGGAAAGCUAGACUUGGCACCAGUGGACGUUUUAAGAUCAAUAGAGGAGGAACCGGAGUGUGUGUUAGAUCUCAGUAUUGAUGAGCUGCGGGCUUCCGAUACAGAGGAGCAGAAACUUCCUAAAGCUUGUAAGGUGCAAAAGGCUUCCAAAAAGGAGAAGUUGACGGAGUGCGAAAUUCUUAGGAAAGAUGUUGGAGGGGAGCGACAGAGUUGGCUCCCAGAAACCAAAGAGCGAGAAACUGAUACAAAUAUUUUCAGUAUAACAGGACUGGCGUCCUCACUACCAGUUAUAUUCAGUGCUUCUGAUCUGCAUUCUGCCUCUGCUCUUCUCCAGGAAGCUUUGGAGUGUGUAGCUCAUUUUCCCCCUAGUGUCCUCUAUUCUAGGCUGUGCCGACUGCUAGCACUGUGCUCUGGAGGACAGGAUCCAUAUGUGACUGCACGUCUGGUUAGCGACUCUGUUUCUAUCACAUUGAGGCAUCAGUUGCUCAGUGACAUUCAUCGGAAGCUGCGAAAGCUAAAGAAGGAAGGUUUAGGGGAUGUGUCUGAGAAGUUCCAGUGUUUGACUCUAGAUGAUCACAAGGACACCCGAGUUCAGUACCUAUCACAGCUUGAGGCGCUUUUCCAGUUUCCAAAACAAUCUCUAGAAACACACGCAUUUAAGGAGCAGCUCCAGCAGAUCCCUGCAAACACAACAGUGUGCAUACUGACCCUGGCCGACUCCCAGCCAAGGAGCCCUGGAGAUACUCUACUACUCUGCAGACUUGAGCUAGGAAGUGCUCCUGUUACAGUUCAAAUACCUACAGCCCAUCUGAAGGUACCACUAAGUUCAACUCUACAAGAGUUUGAUGAAAUUCAGAAACAGCAGAAAACCAUCAACAACUUAACAGAUAAAAAGGAAUGGUGGGAAGGGCGCACAGCACUGGACAGUCGCAUGAAGGCUUUAAUACAGUCACUUGACGAACAGGUCCUAGGUUGUUGGAAAGUUCUUCUAUCGCCCCCAUGCUCUGCCCCUGCUGUUGACGAAGAGGCAAAAGCACUCUCUAAGGCACUUUCACUGUGCGGCUGGAAAAGAACAGAACUAGCACACCUGAAGGUGAUCUUGGGUGGCUGCCACUGUUUAACACAAGAGCAAGUCCGCUCUAUCACUCAGGGAUUCGGUGGGUCCAGAGCUGAACAGGCUCAGGAGCUUCUUCAGAAAGCCAUUGAUAGAUUGAAAUUAAAAUCCAAACCUACUGAAGGGCACAUGGUCCUAGUUUUGGAUAUGCACCUCCAGAAGUUGCCUUGGGAAAGUAUGCCUUGUCUGCUAGCAAAAUCAGUCACCCGUCUCCCAUCACUGCAUUUUCUGCUCAACUAUGGCCUCCUAAAAAAGCACCAGCCUCAGAGCACUCUUGUUCAUGGAGUUGAUCCUAAGAAAACGUUUUAUGUCCUGAAUCCCCACUCAAAUCUUCCAGGCACAGAGGAGCGUUUCAGGGACUGGUUUAAGAAUGAACCUGGUUGGAAAGGAGUGAUCCGAUCUACUCCGAAGGCUGAGGAGAUUCAGUCUGCGCUGACUAAGCAAGAUCUCUAUAUCUAUGUGGGACAUGGAGCAGGCGCACACUUCCUGGACGUUCAGACUCUGCAGCGACUAGACUGCAACGCGGUGGUGUUGCUUUUUGGGUGUAGCAGUGCAGCCCUGGCUGUGCGAGGAGAUCUGGAAGGUGCUGGCAUAGUCUUAAAAUAUGUGAUGGCUGGAUGCCCUUUAGUGGUUGGAAACUUGUGGGACGUCACAGACCGAGAGAUUGACCGCUACACAGUGGCAUUCCUGCAAGGAUGGCUGAAGGCAGGUUCCAGUGCUUCCCUGCUGAAAUAUUUAUCAGAGUCUCGCCAGGCUCCGAAGCUUAAAAGCAUCAUUGGUGCUGCUCCCGUGGCCUAUGGUUUACCAGUGGCCCUGCAAUGAAAUGAUUGUGCUAAUUGGAGUUCCGAGGCCCUGCGAUUAAAUGAUUGUGCUAAUUGGAGUUCAGUGUAUUGUACAGAAGCCUAGUCAUAGCUUUUGCACUAUUAAAAUGCUAUUUUCAUAUCUCACCAUUUGUAAAAAUGUAUUUUAACAAUUAAGCUGCUGUUAUUUUAACUAUAUUUGUGUAAUCUGGGAAAUAAAAUGCAUGCCGCGCAUUGGUGCAUAAUUUCUCCUCUAGUGAAGGCAGCUUGUACAUCGUACCUCUACAGCAGGGAUGGGGAACCUUCGGCCCUCCAGCUGUUGAACUACACA